CCAAAACAUUCAUCCACCAUUUUCGAGUUGCAUUCCAUUUGGAGAACAGGAGAAAGCGCAGAAGUCAUCGAAUAUUAGAAGUUCAAGUGGAUGAAGUUACAAGAUGGCAGGUCUCACACACCUUAUUCCAGCCAGAUUCCUGUGUAUCAUUGCCCACAUGGUAGUUAGCAUAACCAUUCUGUGGUCCCGGGAUGCCAACUUGAAAGCAUGUUUGCCAGCAUCUUAUUCUCAAGAGCAAUAUGACAGUGCUGAUAGGGGGUUUCUAGCGGGAUUAAUUCUGUCACUCAUCUUCAUCGUCAUGGAGCUGGCUGGCUUCAUGUCAGGGGUCACCAUAUUUGUCAACAUGGAGUCGCUCUUCUCCAUCACUGCUCAUUCCGUGGGAGCCGUAUUUUUGUCCUACUUUCUCUUUGAAGUGUGGCCCUGUAACACUUACUGGUACAUGUUUGGAUGCUGCAGUGCCUUUCCUGCUGUGAUAGAUACUGGUGUGAUCAUUUCCAAGAUCUUCUUCAACAAGUCAAGCUGAUGAACCCAGGAACUCCAAUUUCCCCCAAACAACCAAAUGUACAGAAAGGUUAUAAAUAUUAUUCUCAGUUGUUUUCAACUCACAGAAAUUGCAGAACCGAAAUGGAAGUUAUCUUCAUUUGCUUUGUAAUUAGUCAUGGCUGAAAGUGAUCAAUCUUGAUGACAAAGUUGCCACUGAAACUCAUUUGCAGCCGGUAGACUUGAAGAAUUCAAUUCCUUGCAGGGCAAACCAGCAAAUUCCGUCCAUAUUCUUUUUUAGACCAGAAAACUGUAUCAUAGUUAAUUCUCCCAUUUUUGAAGUUUUGCUAUAGUGCAUGGUGUGCAAGUAUUUUACAGUGUAUAGCGUUUUGAAAUACUUCAUUGAUAACCUUUAUGUAUAAUUGAAAACCUGUAAAUAACUAAUGCUAAUUGCUUACUAUUUAUUGAAGUUAAAUAAUGUAAAUAAUUUGCUGUGUGAAACUUUGAUCUUGGAUUAUAUUGGUGUUUGCAAAUGUCAAAAAGGGUGUUCUGAAAGGGGAGGGGCCAAUGAAGCCAUUGAUUAGUCGAUAAAAAUUACUCUGUGAAUUUCAGCAGUUUUGAUAGCUGCAAGUAACGAGUUGGAAAUGCAGAGCAAAGGGGCACAAAUUUCAAAGCAAGCACUGGCAGCAAAAUACGCAGUCCUUUUCCAAGAGACUUGAGGUAUAAUCAACACACUUGGAUAGGGCUCACCCAGGGAUAGAUGACACAGUUAUUAACACACUGAACAUUUCUUGGUUUCUAUGGUUUAUUCAACUUAAAAAAAAUCGACUGGGAAGACAUUCAAUUAAAUAUAGGAGAGAUUUAAAGAGAAAUAUCAAUUAUGGUUCACUCUGAAAAGGAAAUAGCAAUGUUAGUAUUCUGUACUUUUAGUUUAUUAAAAACAAAUACACCUGUUGCUAGAAGUGUUCCAUGUGCAUACCAAUAAUUUUAUAUGUAUUUUACAGUCUUGUGCAGCUAUUAAAUAAAAUUGUCCCUUCAGAGAAAAACA